CAUUAAUACUUAGAAUUUGUAUGCAUAAUUUAAAAAAUUUAUACCUGGUCGGCGCAGGCUAUAUUUGACUAUGGGGAUACUAUGUAUGGCCUUGUUACUUAACAGUCUCAGUCUUGUUUUCUAGUAUCCUCAUCUUACGAAGGGUCUAUCCGGGCCCUUUGCUUUCUUGCAACAUGGUUCUCAGAGAACUCCUAUCAAAAGCUUUGGAUAGCCUUUGCACUGAUGAACAUUUGGAACUCUUUAAACUCUAUUGACACUCUUCGAUCCCAGGGCAUUAGCCAUGAUGUGUCUCUGCCGCAAAUCAUUGUUUAGCGGUGACCAGUCAUCUGGAAAGAGCUCUGUACUCGAAGCAAUUUCUGGAGUUUCUUUUCCUAUUAAAGGCAACAUCUGUACCGGAUUUCCGACAGAGCUUGUGCUCCGCAAAAAUUCUAGUGUUGGAGUUAGAUUGUCUAUCGUACCUCACCAAUCGCGCAGCGAGGCAGAACAACAGUCAUCGGGGAGCUUUUGUGAACAGCUUGAUGGAUUCGAUGGGCUUCCUCGACUGAUCGAUAGUGCUAGAGCUGCAAUGGGCAUAUCCACAAAUGGGAAAGUAUUUUCAAAUGAUCUUCUACGGGUCGAGGUGUCAGGGCUCGACAGACCGCACUUGAUCAUUGUCGAUCUUCCAGGAUUUAUACACUCUGAGACAAAACAACAACCUGCGGCUGAUGUUCAGUUAGUCCAGGAUGUGGAUCAGUCAUUUAUGAAAGAGCCGCGAAGCAUCAUUAUAGAAGUGAAUACGGUGACAGAU